CUGGUUGAUAAAGAAAGCAAUAUUUAUUUUUUAUUGAACGAGUUUCUUCCGACAAACCGCAUCUUAUGAAGAAUGAAUCAAACUUAUAAAUCAUUUAGGGAAAGAAAAUCCUUCGCGGCGAGAAAACGCGAUUCUGAUGGCAUUACAAAGCAGUAUCCUGACAAAAUCCCAGUGAUUGUUGAAAAAUAUGUAUCAGAGAAAAGUUUACCAAUCUUGGACAAAAUUAAGUAUUUGGUUCCAUCAGAUUUGACCAUGAGCAAUUUGGCUGGAAUCAUAAGAAAACGACUUCAACUUAGCCCAACCCAGGCGUUUUAUCUCAUGGUGAAUGAACGAAACAUGGUAAGCAACAGUGUUACCAUUGGUGAAGUAUACCGCAGUGAGAAACAUGAAGAUGGCUUCCUCUACAUGGUUUAUGCAUCCCAAGAAACCUUUGGUUGAGACAAAAAUUUUGUAAAUACUUGUCACUGGGAAUGGGAAAGAAAAAAUAGCUGACAUAAAUUUAUUAUCAAAAAAAAACAAAUUGAUGCAUUUUGGUUCUCAAUGGGUCAUGUAAUAUAUUAAAACGUUGUUUUAAAAUUGCCACCACAA